CAAAAAUAAUAAACGAAAAAAGGAGCCAAUAAUUCAUAUCCAUUCCAUCUCCCUCUAGUUACAAACCGCCCCUUCUCCCCACCCCCAACAAAAAACAAAAAAAAAAAAAUUGAAGGAAAAAAAAAGAGGGUGGAAGAGAAGAGUUCUGCAAAUUUCAAUCACCCACAUCAACAGGGUAUUGAAGAUUCAGAUUUUCCGGCCCAUUCCCUUUUUUUCUCCAUCUCUCAUCGACGAUUUUGUUCAACAACCGAUCUCACUGGGCAGCUUGUGGAACCAUAGGAUUUUUUGGAUGAUCCUUGAUUGCUGGUUGAGCAAAGAAUAAUCGUGCAAUGGAACUUGGAAGGCCUGGCUCAGGCAAAAGAAGAUUAAGGGACCUAUUGCUUCAAAAGGAUAAUCGCUUCUGUGCAGAUUGUCGAGCUUUAGAUCCUAGAUGGGCGUCAUCAAAUAUUGGAGUUUUUAUAUGCUUGAAAUGCUGUGGUGUUCACAGAAGCCUUGGUUCACAUAUAUCAAAGGUGUUAUCAGUGACGUUGGAUGAAUGGAAUGAUGAUGAAAUUGAUGCCAUGAUAGAAAUUGGAGGGAAUAAUUCAGCGAAUGCGAUUUAUGAAGCCUUUAUUCCUGAGGGAUAUUCAAAGCCUGGACCGGAUGCCACCCAUGAACAACGUUCAAAAUUCAUUCGGUCCAAAUAUGAACUUCAAGAAUUUCUGAAACCGAGCUUGAGAAUUUUAUCGAACUCCGACAAAAACAAUGUCCAAGCAAACUUUGCUUCAAAGGUCAUGAACAGUUUUCGUUCAAAUUCUUCACAAAAAUCACAUUUGCAGAAGGGUAUGGUAGAGUUUCUUGGAUUAUUGAAGGUGAAAGUGAUUAAAGGGACAAACUUAGCUAUCAGGGAUAUGAUGUCGAGCGAUCCUUAUGUAGUCUUGACUCUUGGCCAACAGACUGUCCAGACAGGUAUAAUCAGGAGCAACUUGAAUCCUGUGUGGAAUGAGGAACUGAUGCUAUCUGUACCUCAAUCUUUUGGAACCUUAAAGUUGCAAGUAUACGACUAUGACACGUUUACAGCAGACGACAUAAUGGGAGAAGCAGAAAUUGAUCUCCAGCCCUUGAUAACAUCAGCAAUGGCAUUUGGGGAUGCUGGAAUGUUUUCUAACAUGCAAAUUGGAAAAUGGCUGAAAUCACACGAUAAUGCUCUCAUAGGCGAUAGCACCGUUAAUAUUGUGGAUGGGAAGGUAAAGCAAGAGAUAUCACUCCAGCUGCAGAAUGUGGAAUCAGGAGAACUAGAUCUAGAGCUAGAAUGGAUGCCUCUUGGACAAUAGGUAAAUAUAAAUCCCAAAUCCCUCCCAGUUUUAUUGAAACAAGAGUGUUAGUUUUCACAUGGUUUGUCCUUGUUCUAACCUCUAAAUGUUCAAUGCAUCUCCAUGUCAUUUGAUAGUUUGGAAAGCAUUGGAGUUCAAACUAACUUAAGGCUACUACACUCCAGAUUUUCAAUAUUCUUGUUUACUAUAUGAGCCCUUUGAUUCCUUCAAUUUAUAAAUAUAUGGUGUCAGCCACAUUCUUUUUGUUCA